AUGUUAUGCAAGCCAAAGAAAGCUGGGGGUUUGAGUAUUCAUGAUCUUAUGGCCUGGAAUUGUGCUGCAAUGGCCAAAUAUGUUUGGAAUAUCGCUGAGAAAGCAGAUUGUUUGUGGGUAAAAUGGGUUUAUUAUGUUUACAUCCGUGAUACUGAUUGGUGGAGUUACACUCCCCCUACCUCUACUAGCUGGCAUUGGAGGUCUAUUUGUAAAGUGAGAGAAAAGGUGGCUUCUGGAUAUAGAGGAAAUUCUUGGAUUCACAACCCACGAGGCAUUUACUCAGUUAAGUCUAGGUAUGAAUGGUUAAGAGGUGAAAUGGUUAGUGUUUCGUGGCAACGUUGGGUUUGGUGCAGGUUUAAUAUUCCUAAGCAUAGCUUCAUUUGCUGGCUUAAUGCUUUAGGAAGAUUAAACACAAAAUCAAGGCUACUUUUGUUGGGUGUUAGCAAUGAUGACAGAUGUAUUAUUUAUGAUGCAGAUUCCGAGUCCACCUCACACUUGUUCUUUGAGUGUGCUUUUAGCAGGGAAUGCCUAAAGGCUACCAAGCGAUGGUUGUCUAUCUCCUGUACCAGCAUGCAGUAUGAGACUUUAUGCAAAUGGAUUGCAAGGAGGAAGGCAUCAAAGUUCAAGAAAAAUGUCCUUUAUGCUGCUGUUAAUGCAUGUUUGUAUAAUGUGUGGAGAGCUAGAAAUGAAGGAUAUUGGAACCAAAAGAUACCUUCUAUUGAAACCACAGUUAAAGUCAUUCAAGAGCAAGUUAAGAUUCGGGUUAGAGCUAUAAUGCCGAAAUUGAUUUCUGCUACCGAUAAAUCGUGGUUUGAUUCUUGCUAG